UUUAAAUCCGAAAAUGCCGAAUUCGGGCUACCAAAAAUGGCAUUCUCUAUAUCCGGUCUCUCCCUUCCCUCGGUCUUCCGGUACAAAAGUUCAAUACUCGCGCGAAAACCUCGAUUUCAUUCCUUCUCCGUUCGAUCUUCCAACGAUGUCUCCAGCGAAGUCGGCAGUGGUGGCGACGGCAGCGACUCGUCGAAGAGGCCUAAGAGGCUGUCGGAGCAGUCUACUUGGGAAGCCAAGGACUCCGAGGGCAAGGACUAUCUCUAUAGGCUUGGCAACGAGGCAGAUAACAUGAACAUAGCCGUUGGAGCUAGAGCUGGCGUCAUCGACGAUCUCUUCGCCGGAAACUUCCUUGGCAAAGACUCGGACAUUGUGUUUGAUUAUCGCCAGAAGGUCACGAGAUCAUUCGAGCAUCUUCAAGGAGAUUAUUACAUUGCUCCUACUUUCAUGGACAAAGUUGUAUGCCACAUUGUGAAGAACUUCAUCGUUCACCUUCUCAAUGUCAAAGUUCCGCUUAUCUUAGGUGUUUGGGGAGGAAAGGGUCAAGGAAAGUCAUUUCAGACCGAACUAAUAUUCCAGAUGAUGGGAGUGGAACCCGUGAUAAUGUCUGCUGGAGAGUUAGAAUCAGAAAGAGCCGGUGAACCAGGAAAACUGAUUCGUGAACGCUAUAGAACUGCCUCACAAGUGGUCCAGAAUCAAGGGAAAAUGAGUUGUUUGAUGAUCAAUGAUAUUGAUGCUGGUAUUGGUAGAUUUGGGCAAACACAGGUGACAGUCAACAACCAAAUUGUCUCUGGUACUCUGAUGAAUCUAGCCGACAACCCUACUAGAGUUAGCGUCGGUCAAGAUUGGCGAGAAGCAGAUAUUUUGCACAGAAUUCCGAUCAUCCUUACAGGAAAUGAUUUUUCAACUAUAUAUGCUCCCUUAAUUCGUGAUGGCAGAAUGGAGAAAUUUUACUGGCAACCUAACCGUGAAGACAUCGUGAAUAUUGUCCAUAGAAUGUAUGAGAAAGAUGGGAUAUCAAGGGCUCAGGUUGUUGACAUCGUAAACACAUUUCCUAACCAAGCUUUGGACUUUUAUGGAGCUCUAAGAUCACGCACAUACGACUCAGCCAUAUCCAAGUGGGUUGAUGAUAUUGGAGGAGUGGAAAAGCUGGGAGAAAAGCUGCUUAGAAGAAGAAAGAAUGAAAAGCUUCCUACAUUCACACCACCAGAGCAAACAUUGGAGGCAUUGCUUAAAGCCGGCUAUUCUUUGGUAAAAGAGCAGCAAUUGAUCAUGGAGACUAAACUUUCAAAAGAAUACAUGAAGAACAUGGACGACUAGCUAGAAAAGUGAGAUAGUGAGACUUUUAAAUUUAUUUAUGACAUUUUUCAUAUCAGAUUUUUCAUUGUUUUCAAAAAGCCAAUUCUUGUAUUUUUAUUAUUCACAGUCCUCCUUACGUGUUCUGUAUACGGUUCACAUUGUUAAAUUAAUGUUAUAUCUAUAACUACGACAUACA